GGGAAACACGCUGGCGACCUCGCUAGUAAUGACCUUCCAGGAGAACAACCGCAGCGCCAUUCAAUGCUGGUAUAACUCCUCCAUGCAAUAACUACCAUUAUCCUCUUCAUCCCCAUAUACCUACCUCUUCGUCCCCGAUCGUUGAGAGUCUUACUCCGACCAUAUCAUCCUUGCACACAUUGACAUCCUUUCGCUCACACCUCGAGUCCACGCAAUCGGCCAAAGUCAGGUUGGGUUUGGGUGAAUGAUGGAGGGUUUGUUCACAUAACACCAUGAAAUCAUGUCAAAACUACCGGUCCCUGCCCUACCUGUCUACAAUGCAGAGUCCGCAUCCAGUCGACCUCGAAGUCCAGCGCGUUUCGCUGGAACCUCAUCCUCGAUAACAUCCGUCUACUCCCUGCUAAGUCCUCAAGACACCGCAGAAAGACUACACACUUCCCUGGGUCAGGGCCUGUUACAAGGUGAAGCACACGCAAGGCUUGCAAAAGAUGGACCAAACGAACUGCCACAUGAAGAGGAGGAGCCUCUUUGGCUGAGAUUCUUGAAGCAGUUCAAAGAAACUCUCAUCCUCCUCCUACUCGGAUCCGCUGCCAUUUCGCUCUUCAUUGGCAACAAAGAUGACGCUAUCAGCAUCGCACUCGCCGUCACGAUCGUGGUCACCGUCGGCUUUGUGCAGGAAUACAGGUCAGAAAAGUCACUCGAGGCUUUGAACCGCCUCGUGCCUCAUUAUGCGCACGUGAGACGUACCGGACCUCGGCCGGCAGCACCUUCGCGGACAGCUUCGCGAGCUGAGGGCCUGGGUAUCGAGAUGGAGCCUUUGGCCAAUGGUGCGGCACCGAAAUCAUCCACACUGAUACCUGCCGGUCAGCUUGUGGUUGGCGACCUGGUCCUCUUUUCCACCGGUGAUCGCAUUCCUGCCGAUAUAAGAAUCACACACUCUUCCGACUUGACCAUCGAUGAGUCCAAUCUGACCGGUGAAAAUGAACCCGUCGAAAAGCAUGCAGCAGCUCUUGACAGACCUGUCCGUCCCUUCGGAGGUCGCGGCACGCCAGAGCCAUCUAAUGCUGCUGGGACUGUGGGAGCUGAUCUCCGCCUGAACGAACAACACAACAUCGCUUUUAUGGGUACGUUGGUCAGGUCAGGCUAUGGCGAAGGUCUUGUCAUUGCAACAGGAGGGUCAACCGAGUUUGGUACCAUUUCGUUGUCGCUGCAGGAAAUUGAAGCUCCCCGAACCCCGCUGCAACAUUCGAUGGAUCUUUUGGGCAAGCAACUCAGCUACAUGUCAUUCGUGGUCAUCGGGAUAAUUAUGCUCAUCGGUCUCAUUCAAGGGAAGAACCCGUUGGAUCUCUUCCAGAUUGGUGUAUCUUUAGCCGUGGCAGCUAUCCCUGAAGGUCUUCCAAUUAUUGUUACUGUGACCCUAGCACUUGGAGUACUACGCAUGGCCAAGCGAGGAGCAAUAGUGCGGAAACUGCCUAGCGUUGAGACGUUGGGGUCGGUCAAUGUUGUGUGCAGUGACAAGACGGGCACGUUGACUCUUAACCACAUGACCGUCACGAAACUGUGGCAUUUCGAUGCUCCUUCUCCUGUCUCGGUCGACACUGCGACGCAGCCCACUACCGCCAUACAGACAGUGCUGCGAAUCGGAAAUAUUGCGAACAAUGGACGACUAUCCCACAACAACUCCGGAACUCCAGCAACGGCUGCCUCUGCCGCGGUCCUCUCUUCUACCCGAGAUCUUGCUGCGACAGCCACCAAAAGCAGAUGGCUAGGGCAGCCCACCGACAUUGCCAUGCUGGAUUUAUUGGAUGCCUAUGGUGAGGACGAUAUUCGAGACAGGGUUGGCCAUCGAACAAGUGAGACACCGUUUAGUUCGGAGCGAAAAUGGAUGGGCGUUGUCAUCGGUAGUCCUUUGGGCGAGUUGACAAACGGUGCUGGUGUCGGAACCGAGACAGCGUUUAUCAAAGGAUCCCUUGAGCAGGUCCUGAGCCGAUCUGAUACGUAUCUGACCAAAGACGGGCGGGAGGUCGUUUUGGACGAAAACCGUCGACAGGAAGCAACUGCGGCCGCUCGAGCAAUGGCCGAAGAAGGCCUGAGAGUCAUUGCCUUUGCAAGUGGGAUCAUUAGGAACAAAAGGCAAAGCAGUAGGAGCUCAACGCCCGCCGGUGACAAGAAAUCUGCCGAGGUGGACGUCUUCACCAGUUUGUGUUUUGCUGGUUUGGUCGGCAUGAAUGAUCCGCCUCGGAAGGACGUACACAGGUCUAUUCGGAGACUAAUGAAUGGUGGUGUGAAAGUGAUCAUGAUCACUGGCGAUGCUGAGACGACUGCAGUGGCAAUCGGAAAGAAAUUGGGAAUGCCACUCAAUCUGACCUCAUCUACAGCGACAUCGGUCCUUCGAGGCGACCAACUUGAUCACAUGUCUGAGCAAGAACUGUCUGAAGCUAUUGGCAAGACGACCAUCUUUGCUCGGACUAGUCCGGACCACAAGCUGAAAAUCAUUCGAGCACUACAAGCGCGAGGUGAUGUGGUGGCCAUGACAGGCGACGGGGUCAACGAUGCUCCCGCGCUGAAGAAGGCUGACAUUGGUAUCGCAAUGGGCAUGCUGGGGACUGAUGUGGCCAAAGAGGCAGCUGAUAUGAUUUUGACCGACGAUGAUUUCUCGACGAUUCUCCGAGCUAUCGAACAGGGCAAGGGCAUCUUUUUCAACAUCCAGAACUUUAUCACCUUUCAACUAAGCACAAGUGUGGCAGCCUUGACGUUGGUCCUGUUGAGUACGAUGUUUGGUUUCAAGAAUCCUCUCAAUGCCAUGCAAAUCCUGUGGAUAAAUAUCCUGAUGGAUGGCCCGCCUGCUCAAUCUCUUGGAGUUGAACCGGUUGAUCCGAGAGUGAUGAACCAACCUCCUCGGCCUCGGAACGCCAAUGUGCUGACCAAACGUCUCAUCCGCCGUGUCCUUACACAAGCCCUCGUCAUCAUGGUGGGUACGAUUACAAUCUACAUCCGCGAGAUGGUGGACAUCGACGAUCCAAAUGGUUUGGAUCAUGCCGGUACGCCUCUUCGCACACGAGUCGUGACCAAACGCGACACAACCAUGACAUUUACCACUUUUGUGCUUUUCGACAUGUUCAACGCCCUCACCUGCCGCUCCGAAACCAAGUCUGUCCUUUUUGGGGAGAUCAAGCUUUUUGGCAAUAAAAUGUUCAACUACGCAGUGGCGGGCAGUCUGGCGGGGCAACUCUGCGUCAUCUACCUUCCUUUCUUGCAGCGAGUAUUUCAAACAGAAGGGUUGCGGUUGUGGGACCUUCUGGGCUUGGUAUUCAUAACCAGCACUGUUUUCUUUGUCGAUGAGGUGCGGAAGUGGAUGGAGAAAAGGCGAGCUUCUAGGCAUGUGCCGAGUGUUGGGUAUUCUGCCAGUGUAUAGACCUUGUAUUGAAUGGGCCAGUUCUAUUUCUAGGCUCGUAGGUCGGUGCUACGUCGAUGGGGCACUUUUGUACAAGUAUCAAAAUACAUCGAGAGGAAUGAAUAUAUUGGGAGUGUUUU